AUGAUUCCCGACGGCUCUAGCUGCUCUGAGGACAGCAACUCGACCGACUGUCUCCUGCGGACUUUACUCCAGUUUCUGAACGAGCAGCACCGAGAGGAAGAUGCCCAAACUAACUGGGAUCCGACCACGUUCUGGUUUACGGUUCCUGUCGGUGUGCUUGCCACCAUGUUUGCCGUUACCAUGAUCCUACAGGCUGUUUUUGCGGCGGCGAAAGGGCGACGAAAGACCAAUGAACGAGCCAUUGGAAGGUGGUCUCGGAAGACCAAGAAGGGAUGGAGUUGGUCGGAAAUGGGGUUCGAAGUAACAGCACGGACUCCCAUAUUGCGAACAGGAACUCUGCUAGAGCACGUUAUGGCCCGACAAUCGAUCUUUGAGGGGAUGGAUCCAGACAGUAGGACGUUAGACGGUAGCGUGGACACGAUGAGUAAAGGCGAAACAGGUGAGGCUGAUGCCUAUACACAGAUGCACUGGUGGCAAAACAUUCAAAAAGUAUGGAGUGACAGCACUGGAACAACCUACCGGAAAUCCUCAUGUUUGUCGGCAUUACAGACUACACUAGGUUCAGGAAAUCAACGCUGGAGUUCCUAUAGCGAUCUGGCUUAUUCAACUACCCGAGCCAGGAGUUGGUUUCGUUCCGUCUCCGAGGACACCUCUGCGGCUGCUUGGAUUGGCCUCUUCGCGGAAAUUGGCCUGGACCGGGUAGAGCUAAACCUGGUUGACAUGGGCAACGGCCUCCGUUCAGUCACGGCCGAUUACCUCCCAGAUGAUAUUGUGGCAGCGCCAGCGUACGCAGAGCUGGGAAUUAUUGUAUCGCUCCUCGCGACGACAGGGGUCAGUUUUGGAGCCGUGGAUGAAUCUUCAAGAUAUCCUACCAUUGUUGGCCGAGGAUUUCAGUUCGACUUUCGUCAACACCCCAUACUCGGCGUCGUUGGCGCCUAUUCACGACACGAGAGGAAGGAUAAGAGAACAGCGACUCCAGAUCUCAAGGCUAUUCGCAUGGCAUUGCUGAACGGAAACGGAAUUAUAUACACAGCAGGUGGACUCCUGCUAGCUCGGGAUGAGUCCGAGUAUGGUCCCAUUUACACCACUGUCCAUGGAUCGCAAGUACGAUAUGGUCUGAACUUGCUUCGACCAUCGCGUUUCGAACGCAAGAUCAUUUCAACUCACAUGAAAAAAGUUGCGAAUAGACAUUUCAACAAACAGGACUCCUUUCCACAAGGCCGAAAUGUCAUUCCAAGUGGCAAAUUGCCAGUCGUCAGUCUCUUUCUAGCUGGCACACCGGACCACCCUCCUGCCAUAUUCCCCGACUCCAGCCUGGGGAGGGACCAUGACUUAACAGCCCUUGCACUCAAUGGAAGUUACUGGCCAAAGGUACUACUGAGUGAGACGAAGGAAUUGAAACUCUCACAGUGGCGACUGUCCAGCGAUCCCCCACCAUGGAGCCACUUCGUUUGGUUCAAUUUCAGUAUCCCUGAUAGAACAACUGCAGAUAGCCCUGAGGAGCUCACCAAAAUUGCACGGGUAGUACAAUGGGCUUUCGAUGACAAGAAGCUACGUGUCAAAGAAGCAAGAAACCUCGAGUAUCGCAAAGCGGAACAAAUCACCAAGAACAAGCACAAAGCAGAGGAAGCGGCCAAAAUGACAGCAAAAUUGGCUCAAGGAAGAAACCAACGCCAUGAUAUGCUUAAGGCACAAAGAGCUGCCGAAGAAACAGCUUUGGCUGAGAAGAUCAAAGCUGAAGCCUCCGCAGCACUACAAGCUGCUGACUUGGAGUCCAAGGAACCCAUCAAAGGCUAUCUUUUGGUUCUUCAAUUGUGUCUCAAGUUACUUCACAGCCCGCAAAAGCUUAGGCAAUGGUUCUUCAGGUUCCCAAUUGGAUUACAGAAGGCUCUGCGAUGGGUAGUUCUUCAGCAAAUGAAGGACGUCGACAAAUGGCUUCAAGACAGGGGAAGGGAUGAUGUCGAGUUCCGCGCUGUGGUACUAUGCAGCACGACAUUGCUCUUACUGCACGCCGAGGAAAUGGUCAAUAAUGUCCAAGAUUGUGGCCCUGUCACCAGGUCCAGCUGUUGCCACUUUGAUGGGCAUGACUCUGGCCAGGCUACGACACACACUGCAAACCAGCCACAUUGCAGACAUGACACGGCUCGUUGUAGGCACUCAAAGACCCUACAAGCACUUGCAAACCUACUGAAGAGCUUCAACCUGGGUGAGAACAUCUACGAGGCUCUGAACCCAGCAUAUGACAGGGAAGAUAAUCAUGACGUAGUCAGUCCCGGGCCGGAGAUCGCCAGCGGCAAUGAGAAACUCCUUCAUCUACACCUAUUUGCUGAGAAAGCAAGGUAA